GGUAGAGCGGAGGACUGUAGAGAUUGAACACUGACAUCCUUAGGUCGCUGGUUCGAAUCCGGCUCGAAGGAGUUGAUUUUUCUGUGACAUUACAACACUUUAAAAUAUUUGAUUUCAGGUUGGCUGUACGAAUAACUGACGUUUCAUUUAACUUCUUAAACAAUGAAAAGAAUGGGAGAAUUAUUUGGUGCUCUUUUGCUUCUCUUUACUAGGUUCCUUACGGUUCCUGUUGUUGUGACGCCGAUGACGUCAAAUCAUAUUUGAAGCGCUUUCUUCACGCUGUUCACACAUGGAAACCUAAACAUGGAGGAUUCAAGCACAGAGAGCGUAAUUGAUGGCCAGAAGCAAGAUCAAGAAUCUGAAAAAGACAAAAUGGAAUUGGAUAUUAACAAUACACAGCUUCCGACUGAAACGACCAGUGAUCAGAGCAUUGGUCCUCAACUUGGACCAAAAGAUGAGCCAUGCGCAAGUAAUCAGUCUGAACAACUAGAAGGUCAGAGCUCCAGUGGUCAACUUGGACCAACAUCAGAAGUGAUCACCAAUGAUCAGUCCAAACAGAUGGGAGAAGACGGCAGUGGUAGUUCAUCUGGACUAACAGAAGAUCACUGCACCAGCAUUCAGUCUGAACAAACUGGAGAUCAGAGCUCCAGUGGUCAUUUUGGACAAACAGGAGAACCUUUAACCAGCGACCAGUCUGGACUGGCAGGAGAUCAGAUCUCCGUUAAUCAGCCUGAACAAACAGGUGAACAGAUCUCCAGCAUUCAGGCUGGUCCUGAAAAAAUGGAGUGUGGAGUUGUGGUCAGUCCACACUCUGGGACUGGAUCGUUGGGUCUGUUGAGCAUGCAGUACAGAGGAAACAGCUCGGAUGACAACUGUUCAGACAGUGACUCAGACUCUUCGUCCUCCACGUCUUCCUCUUCAUCAUCCUCAACCUCUUCCUCCUCUGAGCCUGUUCAGUUAAUCAUGAACUGUGUGGAAGAUGACGACGAAGGUGUUGCCAUGGGCAAUGAGAAAAAGCCUGCACCAUUGAAAACCCAAAAUGAACUGCUUAUCGAGGAUCUUCCUGCAGUGGAGAACCUCCACAUCAGCCUUCCAGAAGAUACAGAGAUGGAGCCCAUUGGAACAAUAUCAAGCGUUGUGGAGCAAUUAGUGAUUGUGGAGUCAUACAAGAACACACCACCACUGAAUGAAGACAGCGUGUUAUUCACCAAAAACAGAAACUCUAUUGGCAAGAUCUUUGAAGUCUUCGGUCCAGUUUGUCAGCCCUACUAUGUUUUGAGGUUCAACUCCCAUGACGAUAUCGACCAGAAAGAUCUUAAAAUUCGAGAUACGGUUUUCUUCGCCCCCAAAAUCAAAGAUUUCACAGACUACAUCUUUACAGAACGACUCCAAGUUGUCAAAGGCUCAGAUGCAUCCUGGAAAAAUGACCAGGAACCACCCCCUGAGGCACUUGAUUUUAGCGAUGAUGAGCAAGAGAGGCUGGCCAAACAGAAGCUUAAAGAGCAGAAGAGACGACCACAAAACGAUUCUGACUCAGAGGAUGAAACGGACGCCCAUAAAGGUCCGCACCCUCAUAAAGCCGGCCGACGGAAACCCAGACAGAACCGCAACGCUCCCCGAGGGCAGCAUCACCACCACAAUCGUGGCGGCGGUUUUCAUAGCAACUAUCACGCUCGCCCCCCCUUCCCACCUGACUACAUGUUCCCCCCUCCAGAUCCACACAUGUUUCCCUUUCAGGGCCCAAUGAUGCCACCCUUUCCCGGACCGCCACCCUUUCACAUGGGAAUGCCCCCGUGGCCCCCAGGGCCCAAUCAGGGCUUUAUGUUCCAGCCCCCACCUCCACCUCCUCCACCGCAUAAUCAGUAAAGCUGUGACUGGAUACUCCUUACAACUUGCGCCCUAAAAGGGCUCACAAUCUUUGCAUACUAAUACAACUGUAUGCCGGUGUAUAGUAUGAGUCAAGUAUAACUGUAUAUUAUUAGAGUGCAAUUUUUCAUUUUGUAUUAAAAAUGAUUAAUUUCUCACUUUCAGUGUGUCUCUUUCACUGUGUUGUCAGACACGCUUGCUGUAUUGUUGAAGCUGCUUUAUUUCAUUUAUUUACACUCUAAAAAUGCGACUGCGGUUUUGUUUUUUUUAAUAGUACAGCUUACA